GAAAAAAAGAAUUAAAUAAUUAUCAAUAUUAUCAAAAUUAUCAAAAUGUUAACCAAAAUAUCAAAAAUACUUAUCCGUAAUAAUUAUGCAAGUUUGUAUAUCAUCAACAAUGAAUUUCAUACAUCUUACAUAAAUUUAUUAAAACAAGAUUGGAGAAUGAAAAAAGGAUUAACUGAAAAUCCAAAUGCAUUUGGACCUUUAACAAAUAAACCAGAUUAUACGUUUCUUGAUGGAAGACCUACACCUUUUGGAGUUAAACAAAAAGCUCGUAUGAUAAAACAAAAAGAAUUCGCCAAAAAAAUUCAUAAAUUAGUUGGAGAAAUAGAUUAUGCGGUUGAAAGACAUAAAAGAUUGCAACAAGAAAAAGAGGAAGAACAACAACAAAUUCUUGCUAACAAAUUAAAACCGAAAGGAAAUCUUUUAUUAAAAGCAGGAGAACCUACUUCACAAGACAUAACAGAGAAAUAAACAAUUUGUAGAAAUAAUAUACCACACA